GCGGAUGGAACAGGAACAGCUGUUCGACAGAUGACAGCUCAUGCUCUGAAUUCGUUUUAAUUGUUGUUUUCUGUAGUUAGAGAAACUAUUUUAAACCUGGAUUUACUUCUGCAAGUGCCGAUAGCACAACAUAUGUACUGUUGAUGCUCUAUUCAUUUUAACAGGAUAUGAAAAAAGGGAAGAAACACCAGCAAGGUACAGGAGCCAGGGAGAAUGGAAAUGGAAAUGCACAGCGACAUGGAGGUAAACUUAAUCAAUCAGUACUCAGUCAUGACCAAAUUGCAGAUAAUGUACCCAUAUAUUACAUGUUGAGAAUAGUUGUACAGUUGAUCAUUGAAUAGAUUCAUAGCUUCUCAUGUAGCUAGCUCUGUAUGAGUCCUCUGUGUCAGCUGGCCAGCUGCCAGACAUACUAUGUGGAACAACAAAGCAACGUGACCAUCGAUUGACCCAGAGCAGAACCUGGAUGGGAUUGACCCAUAUGAACCAUCAUUCUUAUUGGCAAUACAAAUGCACAUUCUAUAAUUAAUAAUCACUCAUUCUUUAUCAAAACAUGUCAACCUGCACAGGUAAAAGUGGUUACUGUCAGUAAAGUUGCCCAUGUAGUUGAAGCAAAGCAAGAUUGCAAUAGAUUGGUGGGAUACUAUUGCUAGUUAUAUGCGCCACCUUUCACAUUAGUAACAUAGUAUUAAGUGUGAAAAGCACACACUUGUAACUUCCAUAUUGAAAUUAAAUAGCAUUAUGUGGAAGGAGUUGACUAACAAAAAGUGAUUUCAACAUACCAGCAUAGACAAGAGCCCUUGCUUGCAGUGGUACUCAAGAAAUACUGGGGUUAUCAUCCCAGCAAACCGUGACCACAGUCAAGACAGUAUUGCUAACUGAACGACAUGUAUGAUCUCAAUUCAUAUUUUCUGUUGUCAAGCAGAGCACGAAUCGUGGAAGAAGCUGAAGCUGGUGGAGAUCCACCAGGCCCUGAACUGUGACCCGGUGGACAUUGAGACCCUGCGGAGGGCGGCCAUCAGCAAGGGAGGCCUUCUAACAGACGAGAUCAGAAGGAAAGUCUGGCCCAAGCUGCUCAGCGUCAAUGUGUACAACUUGCCUGCUAAACCUAGUGAGUGUGAUGUUUACAUGUGAGGAAUGGAUGCCCAUUAUUGCAGUUGGCCAAUGCCCUGAGAAAUGACUGUAGACACUUUCCCUAUGACGCCAUAGUAGUCUACAGCCAUGUCAGCCAAGUUGUACAUUGCAUUGUGUCAGUAUGCGUCUAGCUGUCUAUAGUCCGUUGAUGUAUGUUAAUUGUAUGUAGCCUACUGUAACCUCAUUAAGUUCAGGUUACUUCUAUCAACAAUGACUCAUCUUUAGUCCUCAAUACUGUGCAACAAAGGAAUGUAAAUGCCCCACAAACAACACUCAUUGCCUUUGGCAGUAGCACUGAGGAAUACUGUAUGUUCAACUGAAACCAAUGGUUGGGGUGGACACCAAGCAGUUGUGUUUUGAUUCCAGCAAAGGAUGUCCGAGAGAACCACAAGGACUUCAACCAGGUGCUCCUUGACGUCAGGAGGUCCAUGAAACGUUUCCCAAGAGGUAACUCACUCACUGUGCCAUAGAAUCGAAUAGAAUAUAAUACAUUAGAGUAAAGGCAACUUACUCGCUGCCAUGGAAUAGAAUAGAAUGGAAAUUACUCACUCACUGUGCGUGCAUUUGAUCUGAUCAGGGGUCAGCUGAUACUUCACUGUCUAUCCUCCCUUUGUCAGUUAACUCAGGGCCUUACUGGGGGGGGGGGGGGGGGGGGGCGUCUCAAUACUGUUGUUCAGUGGCUUCCUUAAUAAUUUCCUUAUCUCAUUACCUUAUUUCAUUUUCUUCAUCAUGACCACUGAUUAAAGGAGACUUGAUUUAAUAAAACUAAAACCAAUAUGGUGGAAACAGACUUCAAUCCAAUCCUUGUAUCUACCAGAAACGGGCUGCUUAUAUCAGUGUCUAGUGUUCUUGAAGGUAAGUAAAUGAUGAAAGCAAGCUGUUGACAGGUAUUGAGACACUGAGGUUGAGACACAAGUAUCUGAAGCCGUAGUGAUUGCAGCUUGCUGCCUAGACGCUGGUUGUUAAUGUAUGGAUUGAAUCAGAGCAAUAGAGUUUGCGGCUACCUCUUUUUUUGUUUUGUUUUUAGUAUUGAGAUACAGCCAUGUUUUCUUCCCCUCUCCCCAGGCAUGCGUGUGGACGAGAAGCAGGUGCUACAGGAACAGCUGAUUGACAUCAUCCUGGUUGUUCUACAGAAGAACCCUGCGUUACACUACUACCAGGGUUACCAUGACAUCGUGGUCACCUUCCUGCUGGUGGUCGGGGAGCGCAUGGCCAUCGCCAUUUUGGAGACCCUUUCCAAUCACCACCUC